CACUGGCAGAGUAUACCUAUGCGGAUCUCUAUAUGUUAUAUCCUUGUGUCGUGACCCGCCGCUCUUUUGUUUUGCUUGAGUGUGCAACAGCCUGCUCCUCACUUCGCACCGCAUUUCGUGCAGAGUCCGCAGGCGCGCCUGCGGAGGCCGCCGCGCAGGCUAGCAGUGCGGAGGCUGCGGAGGUGGCGGAGCUGCCGCCGCUGGGCGCGGCCGACCAGCGCUGGCGGGCGGAGCCGGUGCGGCUGGCGGAGUGGCGGGGCUGGUUCUCGCAGCAGCUGUCGUUCAGUGCAAAGGCGAAACCGGAGAACGGGUUAUUUGUUGGCUUGCGGCUGGACGGGCGGGUGCGGUCCAGUGGCAGCGGGGCGCCGCCCUGGGGCCGUUACGCGCUGGAGCUGGCACCCCUGGAGGGAGAGGGUGAGUGGGGUGACUAGCAGGAGGCUGGGGAUGCGGAAUACCGGUAGUUCGGGACGUGGAGGAUGAGGAUCGGAGCUCUCCUUAGGCAAGGUACUGGGUACUGCAUGUGGGAGGGGUGUGUCUAGGAGAUUGUUGGCAGGCGGCUGACAGCCGGUGGCUCGGCGGGCAAACAGAGGCAGCAGAGGCAGCAGAACUCUGUGUUGCACGAGUGGGGCCCUGGCCCAUGGUAUUACCGAGUCCUGGCAAUUGCACGUGCUGCACUCGGCACCGUCGGCACCCAUGCGAGCCAACCAUGACAACUCACCUCCUUGCCCCUGCCUGCAACCCGCACAUUCGCCUGCACCCAUAGGUAAAUGGGUGGGCUUCUUCGAUGGUUUUGAUGGUCGCGUAUGAAUUUGUAACAGUCCGCCGGCUGGAUCUAGGCCCUGCACAGCACCUCUUUCCUAUCCAACAGCUGCGUUGGCUUCGCGCCUCACUCUUAGCUCCUCACAGCUUGUGAGGCACUAGUGACCCAUGGGUCGCACGGCGGCUUAAACGCUGAGCGGUUGCUUCCCACGGGUACCUUGGCGGCUCAUGACUGGACUCCGGCAGCACCACGGCGCUAGCUAAGGCUGCUAGCGGUACUGCUGCAAGAGCCAAGCCACGCCUGUGGUGUAGCGCAAUCCUUAGCUGCGGGGCUUAGGGGAACACCUAGAGUUCAUUUGCACUUUCUGGGUAGAGUGGGUUGGCGGUGCCUUGUACGGUGCCUGCCAGCAAAGGUACGGUAUCCCACAGUGUUCCUACCGUACGGUGUGCGAACUGAUGCGGCUCCAGGUGCGACUUGAGUAUCCGGAGACCCAGAGGAUCUGGAAUGCCAUGUACGGAUAGCCACGUUGGUGUUACGGCUGCGUGACUGAGGCUGUUCUGCACAUCAGGACAUGAGCUCUUGGCACAAUAAGUGCUGAUGCAUUG